AUGAGCUCCACGUCAGCACUGUCGCGAGAGGAAUACCGCAAGAUCGUCAAGAGGCACCUGCAGAGGGACGACUUCGAGUUGGCAUGGCACGCGGUGGCUGCACUUAGAACAGACUUUAAGGGCUUUAUGGGCGACCACCUGGAGCUGCGUGUAGCUGUGUCAUUAGGCAAUAGGGAAAGCGAAGGUGCCAAGACCAUUGAACUGCAGUUCUUCGUCAAGUCGGUGCCUCUAGAUGACGCCUACCAUGGUUACCAGAAGGAGAUCAUGUUGUACGGCGAUCUCCUGCCGGACAUGCAGAAGCACCUGCGCUGCUCAGAGUACGAGGCUUCAACGCACUUGAGCACCGUCCCGAAGUGCUACUACUCGCGGCUGGAUUUUCUGGUGUUGGAGGACCUGGCGUUGGCCGGCUACCGCAUGCUGGAUCCCAUGAAGCCACUGGACGUCCGACAGUGCGAGUGCGCGCUGAAAGCGCUGGCGCGGCUCCACGCCACGUCCAUCGUGUUCGAGGAACGAGGGGGCCGACGACUGGCCGACAAGUACCCACUGCUCGCGCAGGAGACCGUCUAUAGGAAAGAGACGGACCUUACGUCGCUCGUCAACCGCCUGAUGGGCAGGAUUUGCUGGACCUAG